AACAGCAACGAUGCCCUACGGAAAGUACCCACCCAUGCCGCCAGUCUGCGCGAUCGUCGCUUCUCGCCGGCGCGCUUUGUUUAUUCAUUAUAGCCUCCGAGCUGCGCAAGUAGCAUUUAGUAGCGGCGUCCUCCUCUAGGAUAGUAUUCGCCCUUUAACAGCGAGGCGCUUAAUAAACACGUUUCUGUGCGCAAUCCGCAUUUCGUGUUUGUUUACAAACUCCGCGGAGGGCACCCUGCAUGGUCUGCAAGGAUAUGGCCACUGCCAGCGGUGACACAACCAUGCCCGAGCUUACAGAGGUGCAAAAGAAGGCUAUAGCUGAAAAACGUGAGCGUGCCAUUCAAAUAAGGAAGGCCAAGUUGGCAUUAAGAAGCAUUACUGAAAGUGCUGGUGGCUCUCCAACGAAGCAGCAGCGAGUUGUCGACACAGGUGGUGGCUUUCUACUCGACGAUGGUGCUCCCAGUUCACAAUCGGUGCCACCACCAACAACAGUGGAGAUGCCCUCGGAACACUCCACAUGUGGUGAUUGCGGCAAGCAGUUCUUAAUGUCAUUCCUCCUGGAGAAGUUUGCCUUGGAAAUAUGUGAUAAGUGCAGAGACAAGGAGGACAAGCACAAGCUUGUUACGCGAACAGACUGCAAGAAUGAAUACCUGCUCAAGGACUGCGACCUUGACUUAAGGGAGCCACCGUUGAAGUAUAUCCUCAAGCCUAACCCACACCUUGCCCAUGGCAACAUGAAGCUCUACCUGAAGUGCCAGGUUGAAGAGCGGGCGAUAGUGGUCUGGGGAUCCCUGGAAGCCCUAGAUGAGCAGCUAGAGAAAAGGGAUGAAGAGAGAUCGAAGAGAAAGCGAAAAGCGUUUAAUAAACGUGUCAAAGAGCUGAGGAUGACCGUAAGAAGCAGUUUGUACCGUCCACUUGGGCAGAACCACGAACACAGCUAUGGACCCGAGUCGCAUGAUUCGGACAACGAUGAAUACUUCAAAAUUUGCACCAGCUGUGGGCACCGAAUGAGUUACGAGAAGAUGUGACAUUUUUAUACAAUAAACUUUAUGUACAUAAUGUUAAAA